AUGUCGUUGUCGGAGUACGUCUUCCCAAAUAACACACAAAAUCAAUGUCAAGGUUACAACUACAGCCUACGUCCUCAUCACCCUGAUAUCCAUCCUGCUUCGAAAGCUACUAUAGCCGUCGCCCACAGCAUAAUUGCCUUUUACUAUACAGAGCACGGUUUCAGCUGCGAUAUCGACGACUAUAUGGAAAGAAUCACUAAUGGAUGGACAGUCAGCAUCACCAGCGCCGUGGUACUCGCCUUGGCGGUAGAGGCAGAGAACCACAGUCAAGCUCCCACGGUCACUGCCCCUGCUACUGUUGCUGCCUCUGCCACCGUUGCUGCGCCCGGCAAUGUUGUUGCAAACCUGCCCAGCACCUCUCAGAAUGACUCGAUACAAUCCGAUAUACUAGCGCUCAUUCCAUACCCCGAGUGGCGAGUCACCACCAAGAGUAUGCAGCAGGCAACACAAGAUCCUAGCUGCCUGCUCCAGUAG